AUGCCUGCUGCCAAGAGCGACGCGCAGCCCCAGCUGCUCUUUGUCGAUGGCUCCUUUGAGGAGCUCGCCAAAGAAAUGGCCGACUACCUCAAGGCCGAGGACGCCAAGCAGCUGCUGAGCGGCGACAAGGCGCCCUCCAAGGAGGAGGUGCUCUCCAAGCUCGUCGCCGCCUCGAGCGCCCUCAACACGGUCCCCGAGAAGGAGUAUACCGCCGCCUCGAACCUCAUGAUCCACCUCGUCCUCCAGUCUGCCGACCCCAAAAAGUACUUGCCCGCGCUUUGCGGCAGCUUUGCCAAGCCCAUGAGCAACUCGCCCGUCCACGGCGCCGGCCUCUCCCUCAACGCCCUCUCGACCGUCUUCAACCUGCUCGAGCCCGCCGACCCCAUCCGCGCUCGCGUCUUCAUGGAGAUUCUCAAAUUCCUCAAGGCCCACGGCAUGUUUGAGAACCUGCGCCACUACCUCGAUAAGCUGCCCGAGUGGCUGGAUACCUGGGGUGCCGGUGAGGAGAUUGAGCGCAAGAUUUACGAGGAGGUUGCCGAUGUCGCCGCCGAGGCUGGUGAGGAGGGCGAAAGCUACGAGUUCCUGCUCAAGGCCCUCCACACGUUCGACGCCGACGACAAGGAAGAGCUCACCUCGGACGACGCCCAAAGACUCUCCCUCCGCGCCGUCAAGCUAGCCAUCCUCUCCAACACGUACUUCCUCUUCCAGGACCUCCGCGCCAUCCCCUCGAUACAGGCUCUCUCCGACAGCCACCCCGUCUACUCACAACUCCUCGACAUCUUCGCCGAGCAGGAUCUCGAGGACUACAACGACUUCAACGACGAGCACGAGGGCUGGGUCGAGCAGCAGAAGUUCGACAGCGAGAAGCUGCACCGCAAGAUGCGCCUCCUGACCUUUGCCAGCCUGGCGGCCGCCACGCCCUCUCGCGAGAUUGCCUACGAGAAGAUCUGCAAGGCCCUCCAGAUCCCGGCCGACGAGGUCGAGAAGUGGACCAUUGACGUGGUCCGCGCCGGUCUCGUCGAGGGCAAGCUCUCCCAGCAGCGCCAAAUGUUCCUCGUCCACAAGGUCACCUACCGCGUGUUCGGCCAGAAGCAGUACCAGGAGCUCGCCACCCGCGUCGACCACUGGCGCACCACCCUCACCAGUGUCCUCGGCGUCCUGCGCCAGGAGCAGGCCAACGCCAAGACGGCGCGCGAGCGCGAGACCCAGGAGCUAGAGCGCAAGCUGGCCAACACGAACAGUGGCUCGGGCAACCAGGGCGAGCGCCGCCGACAGCAGCGUGAGCGCACCGACAACGAUGAUUAA